GCAGGGCUGUCACGUGCCGGGGCGGGGCCGCAGGGCUGUCACGUGCCGGGGCGGGGCCGCGGUCACGUGUCGGGGCCAUGGCGGUGUUGGGGUACUGGGACAUCCGCGGGCUGGCCCACGCCAUCCGCCUGCUCCUGGAGUACACGGAGACCCCCUACGAGGACAAGCUCUACAGCUGCGGGGAAGCCCCCGACUACGACAAGAGCCAGUGGAUCAACGAGAAGGAGAAGCUGGGGCUGGACUUUCCCAAUCUGCCCUAUUUCAUCGAUGGCCCCGUGCGGCUGACGCAGAGCAACGCGAUCCUGCGGCACAUCGCCCGCCGGCACCGCCUCUGCGGUGAGUCGGAGGAGGAGAUCCGCAGGGUGGACGUGCUGGAGAACCAGGUCAUGGAUUUCCGCAUGAGCCUCGUCAUGGUUUGCUACAGCCCCGACUUCGAGAAGCUGAAGCCGGGAUACCUGGAGCAGCUCCCGGGGAAGCUGAAGCUCUUCUCCAACUUCCUGGGGGACAGAAAGUGGUUUGCGGGGGACAAGCUGACCUUCGUGGACUUCCUGAUGUUUGAUGUGCUGGAUCAGAACAGGAUCUUCGAGCCCAAGUGCCUGGAGCCCUUCCAGAACCUCCGGGACUUCAUGGAGCGCUUCGGGGCCCUGGAGAAGGUGGCUGCCUACAUGAAGUCCCCCAAGUUCCAGAAGAUGCCCAUCAACAACAAGAUGGCCAAGUGGGGCAACAAGAAGCUGUAGGGGCCAGGAGAGUGGGGGGGGUCCUGUCCUGGCCCCCCCAGACCCUCCGUCCUGGGGGGGGAUCGGCCCCGCCGGCGUGAAGCCCCCCAAGAUAAUAAAGAGCUGUAGAAGUGGCA